AUGGACGCGGAAGGGCCAGCCAGAGCUUUGGAGCCAUCAUCUCCGGCAGAAUUAAUUCUCCAGCAAAAGAGCGGAGCUUUGCAAGGGCUUGCGCAACCGGGCGGGAACGAUGGAGGAAUUCUCUCUCAACUGCUAAGCAACCCCUUCUUCACUGCGGGAUUCGGUCUAGCUGGUCUAGGUACCGCCGCUGCGCUCGCGCAAAGAGGCCUUAAGCAUGGCGCCGCUCUCAUCCGUCGGCGUAUGCUCGUCGACGUCGAAAUCAAUGUCAAAGAUGAUUCAUACCCAUGGUUUCUUCAUUGGAUGACCCUAUAUCAACAAUCACAGCUCAACAGCGCUCGGUCGGUGGGAACGAAAGGUGGAGAGAAAUUGGGAAUAGUAGAGACCUUGCUUCGAAAAUUUACUCCGGCGAUGCGUCAACUUUCCAUACAAACACAGAAAGUCGAGCAUGCAAAUGGUGCUAUUCAUACGCAAUUCACAUUAAUACCGGGUCCGGGAAGACAUGUGCUACGGUAUAAGAAUGCUUUUGUCUUUGUGAACCGAGUGCGAGAGUCCUCGUCGCGCGACCUUCAAUCAGGCCGGCCUUGGGAAACAGUCACGCUUACGACAUUAUAUGCGCAUCGACAUAUAUUUGAGGAGAUGUUUACUGAAGCACACGCCGUGGCUGCCAAAUCGCAUGAGGGGAAAACACGGAUAUACAACAGCUGGGGUGCGGAAUGGCAACAGUUUGGGCAUCCUCGACGCAAGCGACCACUGGAGUCAGUGGUGUUAGAUGAGGGCAUAAAAGAAAGGAUUGUAGAGGAUGUGAAAGAUUUCCUCGAAAGUGGCAGUUGGUACUAUGAUCGUGGAAUCCCUUACCGCAGAGGCUACCUCCUUCAUGGGCCUCCCGGCAGUGGCAAGAGUUCGUUUAUCCAGGCCUUGGCAGGAGAGCUUGACUAUGAUAUUGCAAUUUUGAAUCUGAGUGAGCGAGGCCUCACGGACGAUCGGCUCAAUCAUCUCUUGACUAUCAUACCAAAUCGGACAUUGGUUCUGCUUGAAGAUGUUGACGCUGCCUUUUCCAACCGUCGAGUGCAGAGCGAUGAAGAUGGUUAUCGAGGCGCCAAUGUAACAUUUUCUGGCCUUUUGAAUGCACUCGAUGGAGUUGCAAGUGCGGAAGAACGUAUCAUAUUUCUGACCACGAACCAUGUUGACCGACUCGAUGAGGCGCUGGUUAGGCCCGGCCGCGUGGACAUGACUGUCAGAUUAGGAGAGGCCACUCGGUAUCAAGUUGCCGCACUAUGGGAUCGAUUUUAUGGGGAAUUCGAUACCAAGGGCGUCUACAAGGAGAGAUUUCUAGACCGCCUUGCCGACUAUUCGCUCAUUGAAGACAAAACUGGCAAUAAAGCGGACAUGACCAAAGCCGUCAGCACUGCUGCUCUUCAGGGAUUGUUCCUUUUCAAUAAGGGAGACAUGGAAGGUGCAAUCCGAACCGUGGGGGAGCUGGCAGAGUCCAUGUAUGAUCAACAAGCAUAA